AUGCCCAAUGAUUCGGAAACGAGUUCUUCAUUCGACAAUCUCCCGUGGUAUCCCUGGUGGGUGAAACGACAGAUUCGCAGCCAGCCUCAGCGUCUGCUGUUGGCUUUGUCAACGGAUCGUGCAACGGAUCGGGACUGGGACACACAUUUCCUCCCUCUAUGGAACAAAGUGCAAGAGCACAUUCUGGUCUCGGGGCUGAAAACCAUCGACGAAAUCGCGAACGCACUUGUCGAAACCAACUUGAUGUCGAUGAACGAUAACUACGAGGCUGUCCACUCAGCGAAGGACAUCGUCUUCUCGAUUGUGGGCUGGCAGACAAUGCUUUACAAGCCCAAUCUUGUUGGCGGUACCUCUGGAGAGUUUGCCAUUGCCGAUGAGAUGCAUGGGCAUCGUGGCGAUGCUCACGUGUGCCUAAACCAGUCUCCUCUCUCCAGUAGAUGCGACCUGCCCAGCUUUCUUCUAGGAUUCGGUAUGAUGCUCCCGCCGCGAGACUACUGUGCCUUUGGAGAUACGGACGAUGAGAAACAGCUAUACCACAGGACGAGGGCAAUCAUGGCCACGGACCUCAAUGCGCACGUCCUGUCCAAGGUCUGCGGUCUCAGCAUUCAAUGGGUCGACUCUAUCUCCUGCCAUCUGGAACUGGACAAGAUUUCCGGGACUCUUUUCCUGUUUCGAUAUCCCUCAUUUUGCAUCUCCAAUCUACAAGCACGAGCGACGAAAGAGUGGCGUCAGAUGAGCUCCAUCUAUGGCUGCAGUGUAGGACAGCGUGGUUCCGUGCCAUGGGCACAAGAGGAGGACAUCACGGAGCUACUUCAGGAGAUCUUACUCUCCUACCGCCUGCUAUUCGGUCAGAGUAGGCGGUCGAGAAGCCUUUUUCGGCGAUUACGGCCGUUCGACCAGAUACCGCCCGAAGAGCACGACCGUAUUUUGUCCCUGAUUUGCGGUAGGAAGCGAUUCAAGUCACCCAUCACGCUGACGGAGCGGGAGGAGUAUGUCCUGGCCAGUGACUUCCCACACCUUCGGAGUAGGAUGGUACGAUUGAAUGCCUACGCCAAAAGCAAGAAGCCUCACUCUAUCCGCCAGCUGUGGCGAGAUAAGCGAGAUUCCACCGCUUGGUUCGCAUUCUGGAGUGUUCUUGUUUUUGGCUCGGCGAGCAUAGUUCUGGGGGUGAUUCAGACAGUGGUUUCAAUCAUGCAAUAUGUUCUCGCACUGCAGCAGGGAAACGGCUGUGGCGCUGGAAUGGCAGGCCGUGGCCAGAGCGAGGGAUGA